CAAAAUUAAUGUUGACAUUUUUUUUAAAAUUCUCAGUAAAAAUGAACAUCGAAGAUCUGAAAGUUGAGCUUUAUGACAGCAACAAGCAUAACGGAACUGUAAAAUGUAAAAUCUGUUAUUUGAAAUUUCUGGACGAUGAGAAAAUUUGCAUCCUUACGUGUCAACACACUUUCCAUCAUUCUUGCUUCAAUGUUUAUGUGAAAAGUAAAUCAUCGUGUCCAGAAUGUCAAAUGGAGGUUAUAGAUACAAGAAACAGCCGAAGUUUGGUAAAGUCUAAUGGAAACAGACGUACAAGAAGUUCAAGGAGAAGACAGAGAAGAUCAAGAACAAGAUCGACAUCCUUAGAGCUUGCGUAUAUUCAUGUUAAACCACGUGUGAGUGGCUCACCAACAAGACAAAGAAGGUAUCAACAAUUAGACACAGAAUUAUGGGGACGAGAAAGUCAAGCUGGAACACCAGACUCAAACUUUAAUUUGAUUUAAUAAUGAAUUUGA